UGUGUGAGUCAUGUGUGAGAGGCUUCUGGAUCAGCAUGAAGCUUCAGCAGCCCCAGAAAGAACACAGUGGCAAGAAGCCCUUCAAGGGCCAAGGUGGUGGGAAGAACGUCCUGGAUAGCCACAGCCAGGCCACCACCAGAGAGGGGAAGCUACAUGGAAGCACUGCACAUAGGGCAGCCUUUCCACCCAGCUGCAGUCUUGAGCAGGUCACACAGAAGCCUUUCAAGUGCAGUGAGUGUGGGAGGGCCUUCCUGAAGGCCUUUGCUCUCCUUGACCACCUGAUAACUCACUCUGAAGAGAGACGCUUCAGAUGCCCCACAGGUGGAAAUGCCCCCAGGGAGAACUCAAUCCAUGUUAAUCACCAAAAAUUACAUACUGGGGAAGCAUCGCAUGUGUGUAAGGAAUGUGGGAAGGCCUUUAGCCACCUGUUUAAACUGAGGUUGCAUCAGAAAAUUCACGCUGGGAAAAUACAUCAUAGUUGCUGUGAACGCGGGAAAGGCUUUACCCGCAAACACUCGCUAGUUCAGCACCAGAGAGUCCACACUGGAGAAAGGCCUUAUAAGUGUCAGUGUGGCAAAGCCUUCACUUGCAGUUUCCACAUUGUUCGGCACCAGAAAGUUCACAACACAGAAAGGCCACAUGAAUGCAGACAGUCGCGAGUCUUUAGCUGUAUUUCCAGCUUCACUGAGCACCAGAAAAUACACAAUGGAGAAGGACCGUAUGAAUGCAGGGAAUGUGGGAAGGCCUUCAUUAACAGCUCUCAUCUUGUUCAACAACAGAAAGUUCAUAACACAGAAAGGCCUUUUGAGUGCAGAGAAUGUGGGAAAGCCUUAUGGCAAACGUCCAAACUUGUUCUGCACCCAAGGAGCCAUACUGGGGAAAGACCUUGUAAGUGCAACCACUGUGGGAAGGCCUUCAGUUGCUCUAACCUUGUUCCACACCAGCGAAUUCAUACUGGAGAAAAGCCUUACAAAUGCUCAGCGUGUGGGAAAGCCUUCAGUCAAAGCUCUGCCCUCAUUCAGCACCAGAAAGUUCAUACUCGAGAAAGACCUUAUGAGUGCAAUGAAUGUGGGAAAGCCUUCAGCUGUAGUUCUAACCCUGUUAAGCACCGGAUUCACACUGGAAAGAGGCCUUAUGAGUGCAGCCAGUGUGGGAAAUCCUUCAGUGAAAGCUCCAUCCUCAAUCAGCACCAGAGAGUUCACACUGGAGAAAAGCCUUAUGAGUGCAACAGAUUUGGAAAAGCUUUCCGCUACAGCUCUAACCGUUCUCAGCACCAGAAAAGUCAUGCUGGACUAGGGCCACCUAAAUACAGGAGGUAGGAGAAUGCCUGCAGCCAAAGCCAGUCUUACCCAGCACCUGGUCAGUGUGGGAAAGGAUUUAGCUGGAGCUUCUCCUUAUUAACCAUAAAAGAACUCGUGAGAACACUUCUGUGGAAGGAAUCUUUGUGAAGCAGCAGCCAAAAAUGGAAUCUUGUGUGCCACAGCACCCCUGGGGAGACUAACCUGUGAGUGUCAGGUAUAUGGAAGCUUUCAGCACUAGGUCACAUCUUUCAUCCUGUCUAGUGCGUUUGUCAGAUUAUACCACUGCCGGCUACAAUCUCACUUCUACCAGCUGGCAGGCCUCCAGUGUACUUGUCAUACUCAGGGAAGUCAGACCUCUGAACUCUCUCAUGUGGCAGAAAGAACUACGAGUGGUGGGCACCUUUUGGGGUCAUCUCAUUUUCACCUUUCCCCUUUCUCCAGUGCUUUGGCAUUGCCCUAACCUAGUUUUCAACGAGGCUGUGGACUUCCAGGAAUUUCCCUUUUUCUUGGUCCUUGUUGAGCUUGACACCUGCAGUGCACUUGUUGAGCCUUAAUGUCACCCAGCUUUGGAACUGCCUGCCUCCAGUGUGUGACAAUAAAGGCCUCGCUGGGGGCUGGCACUGUGGCACACAAGAUUAAGCACAGCUUGCCACACUGGCAUCCCAAAUUGGAGCAAUGGUUCGAGGACUGGUUGCUCUGCUUCUGAUCUAACUUCCUGCUAAUGUUCCUGGGAAAGCAGCAGAUGAUGGCUUAAGUGCUUGAGCCCCUGUCACCCAAAUUUGUCACAUGUGAUAGUGAACUUGGUCACAGGAGACUCAGCUCUGCAGAACCUGAGAGG